AUGUCGUCCGGUUCUGGCCAGUCUUCUGUCCCCUCAAAAGCAAUCAACAUCCCUAGUCAGCCGUCCCAGUCGUUCCAGAUUGCCUCAUAUCCGGGCAUUGAAACCGCUUCUCAACGGAGAACCCAGGCGUUCUUGGGUGCUGGGUCGUCAUCCAAGAACUUGUCGUCUCCAAGGAACCAUCAGACAAGGAAGAACCAGCAUAAACGGCACCGUCGUCCUCGCUUGGAUGACGAGGAUGUCUUUGCAGAAUCCGCUGCGAUGAAGUCCACAAUGAGCCGGAAGGGGCAGACCUCCAUCACACAUUUGAUGAACUUUUCUCUUCCCCCUCGGCCCCAACAAAAUCUCAAUGGAUAUUCUCGUGGUCCAAGGCGCAACAACGCAUGGGGUCCGCGUUCUGGUUAUCACGCCGUUGACAAAGCCAGAUAUGUUCAUGCGAAUUAUCGAUUCAUCGUCAAUCCAAAGAACAGCUACCAUGCCCAAGCCUCGAACGCUGACGUCCACCUUGAUUGGAAUUCGGUCCUACAAGUUUUAGUCUCGACUGACACUCAAGCGACCAGCUGCCCGAUCUGCCUCUCGACCCCCAUCGCUCCCCGUAUGGCUAAAUGCGGACACGUCUUUUGCCUUCCAUGCAUUAUCCGGUACAUGCACUCGACGGAUGAGUCGAGCCCUCUUCCGGAGAAAAAGGCUCGUUGGAAGAAAUGCCCAAUUUGUUGGGAUACCGUCUAUAUAUCGGAUAUACGGCCUGUUGGGUGGUAUAGGGGUCAAACAGAUACACCUACUGAGGGUGGGGACGUUGUGCUUAGAUUGGUUAUGCGACACCCCAGAAGCACCCUUGCCCUUCCACGGGAUGGUGUGGAAAAAACGCUUGGUCUGGACGACGAUAUUCCUUGGUAUCAUGUGGCAGAGGUACCUGACUAUGCGCGGAUAAUGAAAGGGGGCGAGGAUUACAUGAUUUCCCAAUACGAUAAUGAAAUCCAAGACCUGUUACGGCAGGCGCAGGAAGAUGAAUUGCUUUUCGGCGAUGAUAGCACUUGGACCCGGAAAGCUGUCGCGGCAAUAAGAGAGGCGAAGGAAAAAGUGAAGGAUAUUGGGAAUCCGCCAAUUCCACCCCGUCAACCUCCUGAGCGUCGUCCCACUAGAAUCCCUAUCAAGUUCGAGCAACCGCCGGAUGGUGUUCCAGAGAUGUAUAAAAUCCGGCAUGCUACAAAACCCGGACAGACCUUACCCAACAAUGUACAUACUCCGUCGAAUCCCCCAACUACCGCGCGAAAUACUUUCCCCAAUCAUGACCAAUUGGACGAUGUUUCGGUAGCUAUAUCGAAACUCGAGGUUAAUCAAACCCUAGAAAUGCAAAACCAGAGGACGCAUAGCAAUCUUAGUGCACAGUCUAAAACUGCAGGAAAAGCUAGAGAUGCCAGUGGCGCUCCACAUCCUCCUGAUCAUCCUUUCUACUUUUAUCAAGCACUUCCCCACUUUUAUCUUUCCUCAUUAGAUAUCCGCAUCCUCAAGGCUGCAUUUGGGGACUACUCCCAAUUCCCUUCAACCAUCCUUCCGCGUAUUGAACGUAUAUCAACAGGACACAUUGUGGACGAGGAUCUGCGGAAACGUACGAAAUAUCUCGGCCACCUCCCUUACGGCUGCGAAGUCAGCUUUCUCGAGUGCGACUGGAGAGACUUGGUUGGUUCAGACGUCCUCCAGCAAUUUAGUGGCGAUAUCGAGCGACGACGAAAACGAAACCGAGAAAAAGCGGCACAGGAGGAAAAGGAACGCAUUCGUGCCGAGAAGAAUGAAGAAGAACAACGCUGGGCUUCCGCUCGACGGAAGCGGCCGAGUGUAUCCGCUGCCGACAGGCCGUUUUCUGAGAAUGACUUUCAACCUCUUGGUUUCGAAGCUUCGUCAUCAGCGCCCGGCUUCGAUCCGACUAUGUCAUCCGCCUCACCCCCCUGGUCCUCGUCGAGGGGCAGGAAUCGACCAUCAUUUACCGCGUUGGCAUCGCCAUCCGGAAGUCCGCCUGACUCAUCUGCCACUACCACUGCUGGGCCUACGUUGCAUCGGACAGUUUGGGGCACGGCAGCUAUUGCUCCAACGUCACCGCAGGCUACGUAUAGGAACCCCGACCGUGAGCCGAAUGAUGGGUGGCUACAGGACUGGGAGCGGGAGUUGAUGGUCGAGCAAGAGCACAAAAUCCUUGCUGCGACGACUAAUAUCGACAGUAAUGGUCCCGGGAAUAGUACUAAUGCCACCGGUACAGGGACAACAGGCGGGAAGAAGAAGAAAAACAAGAAAAUUACACUGAUGUCGACGACGGCACGGCGGGCCGCUUGA